AUGCCUGAAUCUCCUAUCAUAGAAAGUACACAGUCUCUGAUUCCUAAAGCAAAUCAAACACCAAAACUGACCGCAAGAAAGCACUGGGAAUUAUCGCCAACUGAAGAACAGACAAGUCCAAAAAAGAAGUGCAGCAGUAUGUCAAAUGUCGAAAAGGAUCUUAAAUUAUUCAUGGAAGAAAUGAGAGGACAAAUGACAUCGAUGAGCCAGAAAAUGGAUGAGUGGAACAGACACUUUGACAGCAAAGUUGACACAAUGAUAGCUGAUGUUAAUCAAGUUAAGAAAGAUCUUGAAGAUGUGAGAGGAGAAAUAAUAAAUCUCGAAGUAGACAACGUAGAGAUCCAAAAAAAAAUUAAGAACCAUGAUAGCCAAUUGAAUGCCAUAAAUCAAAUGAUGCUUGAGAAAGAAAUCACAAUGGUCAAUAUAGCAUCAACUAUAAAAGAGGAGAAAUUUCUUGAGGACAUGAACAAAUGGAGUAACAACAUCAUCAAAGAGACACUCAUGAGCCAUAAUUUUUCAUCGAAUGCGAAAUAUAAGUCUAAAUCUGCUCAUUUACACUUCAAUACGAUGAAUGAUAAAAAGAAGUUUCUCAACUUCCUGAAAACUAAGCAACGCGAUGUCAAUAAGAAGUACAUUCCUAUCCUCAAUGAAAAUAUAUUCACUCUUCAAGAUUCCGACGUCAACAGAGCUAAUGCUAUCGAAUUCCGUACACCAAUGACUUCUAUCAACCGGGAACUAUUCAACAAGGCAAGGAACGCAAAGAAAAAAAAUCCAUCAAUUGAAGGUGUCUGGAUAUCGAAUGGAACUAUGAGAAUCCGAAUCAAAGACAAGAAGCCUGUUCAAAUCAACGAUAUUGAGCAGCUCACGGAUCUAUUCAGCUCUAAUAACAUCCAAUUUCCAAUGGAAUAAUCU